UCCCUGGGGGAUCCUUUCCCCGUGAGUUCCCGUCCCGUCGGAGCGGCGGCCAUGGCCACGGGGCAAAGUGCCAGAGCCACCAGGACGGUUGUGAUCACUGGGAUCCCAGAUGGCCUCGUGCAGGAUGAGCUCAUGGCUGACAUCCUGACCAUCCACUUCCAGAAGUCCAGGAACAACGGCGGCGACGUGGAAGAGGUCACGUAUCCCACACGGAACAAAGGAGUCGCCUACGUAACCUUUGAAGACCAAGGAGUUGUGGAAAAUGUUCUGAAGAAGGAUCAGCAUCUCCUGCAGGACAGGAGGCUGCCCAGGCACUUCCCCCUGACCGUGAGCCGCUGCUGUGACAACGUUUUUCCCUCUGUCACAUCCACCCUCGACAUGGCUGUGUUCAAAGAUCUCUGUGUUUUAGAGAAGCUGCUGGAAGAAAUGAAAAAGCAGAGCCCGGCUUUGAGCUUUGGGCCUUUGCAGCYCAACGGGCACGUGGCUGUGCAAGGCUCCUUCCCAGCACUCAGAGUGCUCCGAGAUUUCCUCUUGUUGAAAGCAGAAUCUCUCUCAGAAAAGGACAAAGGAGAGGUGGAUAAAUCCCAUCAGAGGGUGCAGGAGCAUGGAGAUGUCACAGAGUCCAGGAAUUCUGUGCAGGAUGCACCCGGGGAAAAGCAAGUGGUGGUUCUGGACACGGAUAUCUAUCACUACAUGAGACAUUUCCUGCCUAAAACAUUCCAGGCAGAGGAUGUGGUCAUUUCUGGGGUCAGCAAUGGGGACAUCACCACRGUGUGCAUYGAGAGUUCUGGGACCAGGGCGGGURCUGAGCACRGCUUAAGAGUCAAGAAGAGAAUUGAAAAUUGUUCUGUAAAACUCCAGAAGAUUCUAUGGAGGGAAAGGAUCUGCUUUGAGAACCACGGCAGAGGGGAGAAGCUGAGAUACAGACGGCUCUGUGAAAGACUGAAACCCCAAUAUCCCGAAGUGCUGACCAUUCCUUAUGACACCCACAUUGAUAUUGUGGGAAUUUCCUCUGAUGUUUUUGGGUUUGCAGAGGAGGUGAGGAAUCACUGCAGGUAGGAAGGGAGCAGUGCUGCAGUUUGUGUUCCUCACACAGCUCCCACUGUGCCCCUGGAUGUCCCCUUGAUGCCACUCACAGGGUGGCAGCUCUGUACAGGACGGUGACCAAGCCUGGCCCCCCAAAAUUAGGGUCAGAGCAAAAAAAAAAGAUUUCUGCACUUAGGAGCAAAAAAUUAAAGCCUCUUCUGUCCAGAAAUAGCCCCAUUUCCCUUUUGUUAGUUUUUCACCCCAAUGAGCUGGCAGGGAGCACAUGAGAAAGGAGAUUUGUUUGGCCAACCCUGUAGGAAAUACUGCAGGAAUGGGGUGCAUUUAUGGGAGGGUGUGACCACAGCAGGCAGGGAUGGGAUGGGAUGGAAUGGGGACCUUUCUGUGGCCUUUAUCUGCAGAAGAACCUUCUCACUCUUCACAGGGAAGGGAGUGUGACACUUACAGAACAAAAUUCACAUUAAAUUGGAAAAGCCUUUAGGAGAUGGCUCUGAAAAUUCUUCCCUGUAGGACCUGCAAGUUUGUUUUUACAGGAGCAAUAAUGGGGUUUUCCCAGCUGGGAAGGUUCUGCAGCAUCUCUUGACUACACAUUAUUUAGACAUGAAAUGUGGCCAGAAGUUUGGUGGGAAAAUCUGUUUUUGUAUCCAUUACAAGGGCACAAAAAUGUUUUUUAAAACCCAGUUUAGAAAACAGCUUUUAUUUUGUGGUAUCAGUGUGUUUAGAAUAGUUUGUCAAAAAACUCAGAGCACCAACUCUUCUGUCUGAUGUGCAGGGAAAGUUUGAGGGUCCUGUGCCAUUAAAGAAACAAGGUGCACAAAA